AUGUCUUUCAUGUACUCACCCGGCGGCUUACCGCGCGGUAGCAGCCGUUCUCGGCAUAAUUCCGGCGGCUCUGGCCAUUGUCGACAUCGUUGUAGUGGCUGUCGCCAUUCCCAAAGUGUUUCCAGUGGCUCCGGCGAACAACACCACGGCCACCACCACGGACACGGUCACCACGGACACCGUGGUCACCGCGCCCACCGCGCUCACCACGACGGGUUCGGUCGAUUCGAUCAAUUCGAGCACCACAACCAGUUUGACAACGGCGACCAGUUCGACUUCUUCGACCACAAUGGCAACCGUGCCCAUCAGGACCAACAUGGCCACCACGGACACCACGAAAACCUCCACGAUGCUGACUUUGGACAGUCCGAGGAGCUGAAGUACGUGAACGCUACCUACCACCCUAGCGACGCCGAUCUCUCUGAGUGGGAACUCUUCGAGAUCGCCAAAGACGCCAUCCAGAACGGCAGUGCUACAGUCACCGAAAACCCCGUCAUGAAUGUGCGACGUCUUGUGUGGUCCAUCAAGGUAGAGGGCCGCUUUCCCACCGAGGCUCAUGUCCUCAAUGAGGCCUACGCCAUUUUCAGCCGGAUGCAAUUAGAUAUGGAGUUUGAGCGAGGUAACGCUUGGUUCCCUCGUCAAUGGGUUUUUCGCUCUCCUAAUACGAAUUUCUAA